AUGGCCAAGCCUUAUGAAUUUAACUGGCAGAAGGAAGUCCCUUCUUUUUUGCAAGAAGGAGCAGUUUUUGACAGAUAUGAAGAGGAAUCCUUUGUGUUUGAACCCAACUGCCUCUUCAAAGUGGAUGAAUUUGGCUUCUUUCUGACCUGGAAAAGUGAAGGCAAGGAAGGACAAGUACUAGAAUGCUCCCUCAUCAACAGUAUUCGGUUGGGAGCCAUACCCAAGGACCUCAAAAUCCUGGCUGCUCUUGAAGCUGUUGGAAAAUCAGAAAAUGAUCUGGAAGGACGGAUAGUGUGUGUCUGCAGUGGUACAGAUCUGGUCAACAUCAGUUUCACUUACAUGGUGGCUGAAAAUCCAGAAGUAACCAAGCAAUGGGUGGAAGGCCUGCGAUCAAUCAUACACAACUUCAGGGCCAACAAUGUCAGUCCCAUGACAUGCCUCAAGAAACAUUGGAUGAAAUUGGCGUUUAUGACCAACACAAAUGGUAAAAUUCCAGUCAGGAGUAUUACUAGAACCUUUGCUUCAGGAAAAACAGAAAAGGUGAUCUUUCAAGCUCUCAAGGAAUUAGGUCUUCCCAGUGGAAAGAAUGAUGAAAUUGAGCCUGCAGCAUUUACUUAUGAAAAGUUUUAUGAGCUUACACAAAAGAUUUGUCCUCGGACAGAUAUAGAGGAUCUUUUUAGAAAAAUCAAUGGAGACAAAACUGAUUAUUUAACGGUAGACCAAUUAGUGAGCUUUCUAAAUGAAAUGAUGAUUGUCAACUCUGAAUAUCAAAAAGAAUCAGCUGGAAAACUCUUUGAAUUAAUAAGAGACUUCAACAAGUUAAAUGAAAACAAAAGGCUGAAACUAUUGAUGGUUAACAGAGUAGAAGAAGGCCUCAUAUCAAGUGAUGGAUUUUGCAGAUAUCUGAUGUCAGAUGAAAAUGCCCCAGUCUUCCUAGAUCGCUUAGAACUUUAUCAAGAAAUGGACCACCCUUUGGCUCACUACUUCAUCAGUUCUUCCCAUAACACCUAUCUUACUGGCCGACAGUUUGGUGGAAAGUCUUCAGUAGAAAUGUACAAACAGGUUCUCCUGGCUGGCUGCAGAUGUGUUGAACUUGACUGUUGGGAUGGCAAAGGUGAAGACCAAGAACCAAUUAUAACUCAUGGAAAAGCAAUGUGUACAGAUAUCCUUUUUAAGGAUGUAAUUCAAGCCAUCAAGGAAACUGCAUUUGUCACAUCUGAAUAUCCAGUAAUUCUCUCCUUUGAAAAUCACUGCAGCAAAUAUCAACAGUACAAGAUGUCCAAAUAUUGUGAAGAUCUAUUUGGGGAUCUCCUGUUGAAACAAGCACUUGAAUCACAUCCACUUGAACCAGGCAGGCCCUUGCCAUCCCCCAAUGACCUCAAAAGAAAAAUACUCAUCAAAAAUAAACGACUGAAACCUGAAGUGGAAAAAAAACAGCUCGAAGCUUUGAAAAGCAUGAUGGAAGCUGGAGAAUCUGCUGCCCCAGCUAACAUCCUAGAGGAUGAUAAUGAAGAGGAAAUAGAAAGUGCUGACCAAGAGGAGGAAGCUCACCCUGAAUUCAAAUUUGGAAAUGAACUUUCUGCUGAUGACUUGGGUCAUAAGGAAGCUGUUGCAAAUAGCGUCAAGAAGGUGUCAGAUGAUCUUGACCAAGAAAACAACAAAAAGGGCCUGGUUACUGUAGAAGAUGAGCAGGCAUGGAUGGCAUCUUAUAAAUAUGUAGGUGCUACCACUAAUAUCCAUCCAUAUUUAUCCACAAUGAUCAACUAUGCACAGCCUGUAAAGUUUCAAGGUUUCAAUGUGGCUGAAGAACGCAAUAUCCAUUAUAACAUGUCUUCUUUUAAUGAAUCAGUUGGUCUAGGCUACUUGAAGACACAUGCAAUUGAGUUUGUCAAUUAUAACAAACGGCAAAUGAGCCGCAUUUACCCCAAGGGAGGCCGGGUGGAUUCCAGUAAUUACAUGCCUCAGAUUUUCUGGAACGCUGGCUGCCAGAUGGUUUCACUGAACUAUCAAACCCCAGAUUUAGCGAUGCAAUUGAAUCAGGGAAAAUUUGAGUAUAAUGGAUCCUGUGGGUACCUUCUCAAACCAGAUUUCAUGAGGCGACCAGAUCGAACAUUCGAUCCCUUCUCUGAAACUCCUGUUGAUGGGGUUAUUGCAGCCACUUGUUCAGUGCAGGUCAUAUCAGGUCAAUUCUUAUCAGAUAAGAAAAUUGGAACAUAUGUAGAAGUGGAUAUGUAUGGAUUGCCCACUGACACUAUACGUAAGGAAUUCCGAACUCGUAUGGUGAUGAACAAUGGUCUCAAUCCAGUUUACAAUGAAGAAUCAUUCGUCUUUCGGAAGGUGAUCCUCCCAGACCUGGCUGUCUUGAGAAUAGCAGUGUACGAUGACAACAAUAAGCUGAUAGGUCAAAGGAUUCUCCCACUGGAUGGCCUCCAGGCAGGCUAUAGGCACAUUUCCCUUAGGAAUGAAGGAAAUAAACCAUUAUCACUGCCAACCAUAUUCUGCAAUAUUGUGCUUAAAACAUAUGUGCCUGAUGGAUUUGGAGAUAUUGUGGAUGCAUUGUCAGAUCCAAAGAAAUUUCUUUCUAUUACGGAAAAGAGAGCAGACCAAAUGAGAGCUAUGGGCAUUGAAACCAGUGACAUAGCUGAUGUGCCCAGUGACACUUCUAAGAAUGAUAAGAAAGGAAAGACCAACACUACCAAAGCAAAUGUGACCCCUCAGAGUAGCUCUGAGCUCAGACCAACCACUACAGCAGCCCUAGCAUCUGGCAUGGAAGCCAAGAAAGGUAUUGAACUUAUCCCACAAGUAAGGAUAGAAGAUUUAAAGCAGAUGAAGGCUUACUUGAAGCAUUUAAAGAAGCAACAGAAGGAGCUAACCUCUUUAAAGAAGAAACAUGCAAAGGAGCACAGUACCAUGCAGAAGUUACACUGCACGCAAGUUGACAAAAUUGUGGCGCAGUAUGACAAAGAGAAGUCGACUCAUGAGAAAACCCUAGAGAAAGCAAUGAAGAAGAAGGGAGGAAGUAAUUGUCUCGAAAUGAAAAAGGAAACUGAAAUUAAAAUUCAGACAUUGACAUCAGAUCACAAAUCUAAGGUCAAAGAGAUUGUGGCACAGCACACCAAAGAGUGGUCAGAAAUGAUCAACACCCACAGUGCUGAGGAACAAGAAAUCCGUGACCUGCAUCUCAGCCAGCAGUGUGAGCUACUGAAAAAGCUGCUAAUCAAUGCGCAUGAGCAGCAAACCCAGCAGCUGAAACUGUCCCAUGACAGGGAAAGCAAGGAAAUGCGAGCACACCAAGCUAAGAUUUCUAUGGAAAAUAGCAAAGCCAUCAGCCAAGAUAAAUCUAUCAAGAAUAAAGCAGAACGGGAAAGGAGAGUCAGAGAGCUAAACAGCAGCAACACUAAAAAGUUUCUGGAAGAAAGAAAGAGACUUGCAAUGAAGCAAUCCAAAGAAAUGGAUCAGUUGAAAAAAGUCCAGCUUGAACAUUUAGAAUUCCUAGAGAAACAGAAUGAGCAGGCGAAGGAGAUGCAGCAGAUGGUGAAAUUGGAAGCCGAGAUGGACCGCAGACCAGCAACAGUAGUGUGA